ACCAGUUCAAAGCACUCGACCUCCCAUUCGGCAAAAGACAGUCUCGAACUUAUUCCAGUCGGUAUCUCCACAGACAGCAAUGUCGGUAAAUCAGCGAGCCUACUCGGUACGAUAUCUUCAGCGCUCAAGCAACAGUCCCAGUCAGCGACGACUGAGGUGAACACAUGUUGCCCAUGUGUGCAAUCCGUCAUCAAGCGCUCGGCGUCCAGCGAGUUACUCAAGAUUGAUAACCUCAACAACUACAUGACGGCAUGUGCAGAGUACAAUCGAGGUGUAGAAGCAGAGUGGACGGAGGAUCAUUUGUUGGCUGUGAUCGCUAAAUGGAGAGCCCUGGACACGGAGGAUGAGGGGAAAUGA